UUCACUGUGACUUUUGACUUUGAAAUCGGCUUAAAACGAUGUUUUUCCGAAACUUUUGCCCCUUGAAAAGCGUGUGCGGUCGGGUAAUGCGUGGCUCUCACACGGACAUUAAAGUUCCAGAUUUCUCGAAACAUAUGAGAAAUAGUGUGGCCGACCCAAAUUGCCCCUCGCGUCAAUCGGAGGCUUCGAGGAAACUGCUAAGUUAUACGCUGUCCGGAAUUCUGCUUACAAGUGGAAUCUAUAGCGUUAAGGGCGAAGUUCAUCGGUAUGUGAAAUCGAUGAAUGCCUCAGCCGAUGUUCUCGCUUUGGCCAAGAUCGAAAUCAAUCUGAGUCAGAUUCCGGAGGACCGGCACAUGACCUUUAAAUGGAGAGGAAAGCCUUUGUUUGUGUGGAAUCGUCCGGAACAAGCAGUGAAAGCGGUGCGACAAGUCCCCUUAAGCACCCUGAGAGAUCCGCAGCGUGAUGAGGACAGAGUGCAGGAAGACAAAUGGUUUGUUUGCGUGGGGGUUUGCACGCAUUUAGGUUGCGUGCCGUUAUCCCACCAAGGGGACUUUGGAGGCUACUACUGUCCCUGCCAUGGCUCCCACUUCGACAUUUCAGGCAGAGCCCGCAAAGGCCCCGCCCCCACGAAUUUGGUCAUUCCCCCUUAUACCUUAUCGGGAUCGUCUCUUGUUGUUGGAUAAUUCCUUGAGUUUUUCGCAAUAAAACUGUGUAUUUCGA